CUAGCCGCAAUCACGAACUUGUGUAUACAUAACGUACGGAGAAGUCUCAUUUCUCCCUUAUUGGCCUUACUCCAACAAAGAAGAUAGAAGGAAAAAAAUGUAUAUAUAAAAAAAAGGUUAAAAAAAAAAACCCACAACCAAGAUAUUUUUGCAUUUCUGCCUUCCGAUCGAAACACUACUUUUUUGCUUCUCAAACUUAGCUGUUUCUUCUCUCUUUCUUCAUUCAUUGCUGACGUGGGAUUUGGAGAAUUUGAUUUGAUGAUGACGAAAGUAGCUGGGUUUUAACUUGAAUAUUGGUGCUAGGAAGGAUAAAUAGCUUGGAUUUUGUAAUAUUAGCUGAAUUUUUGUUUUGGAUAUCGUUUUUGUUUUUCGUUUGGCAACUUGACGAAAGAUAAAUAUUGUGUGAUUUUUGGGUGACUGAUUAUGGCAAUGUCGUGGGCUGAUUCUGUUUCUGCAGCCGAGAAUCCGGCUGGUGCUGCAUCCAAGUCAGCAUAUGUUCCACCACAUCUAAGAAACAGACCGUCGAUAGAACCUCCUGCACAGGCUUCGUAUGCUGGUGCUGCUGCAUUAGGUAAUGACCACAGUGGUUAUGGUGUCCCAAAUGUGGUUGGGAGUCGUUGGAGUGGUCAAAGGACUGAAAACCGAUCUGGUUAUGUUGGUGGAGGAGGACGUGGUGGUGGUUGGAAUGGGGGACGUGGUGGUUGGGAUCGUGGGAGGGAGCGUGAGGUUAACCCCUUUACGGAGGAAGAUAGUGAACCCUUUAGUGAACAAGAGAGCUCUGGGAUCAAUUUCGAUGCAUAUGAGGAUAUUCCAGUGGAAACUAGCGGGGAUAAUGUGCCCCCUCCUGUGAAUACUUUCGCAGAUAUUGAUUUAGGUGAAGCUGUCAACGAAAAUAUUAGGAGGUGCAAGUAUGUUAAGCCGACCCCUGUGCAACGACAUGCUAUACCUAUUUCACUUGCGGGGAGGGAUUUGAUGGCUUGUGCUCAAACUGGUUCUGGAAAAACUGCUGCUUUCUGCUUUCCCAUUAUAAGUGGAAUCAUGAGGGGCCACUUUCCUAGACCUCCACGUCCACGUGUGGCAUUUCCUCUAGCUCUUAUUCUCUCCCCAACGAGGGAGCUCUCAUGCCAAAUUCAUGAUGAAGCUAAAAAAUUUUCAUAUCAAACUGGCGUCAGGGUGGUUGUUGCCUAUGGUGGUGCUCCUAUAAACCAACAGCUUCGAGAAUUAGAGAGAGGUGUGCAUAUUCUUGUGGCAACCCCUGGGCGGUUAGUUGAUUUACUUGAGAGAGCAAGAGUCUCGUUGCAGAUGAUAAGGUAUUUGGCUCUAGACGAGGCAGAUCGAAUGCUUGAUAUGGGUUUUGAACCUCAAAUAAGGAAAAUAGUGCAACAGAUGGACAUGCCUCCGCCAGGUGUGCGACAGACCAUGCUGUUCAGUGCCACUUUCCCAAAAGAGAUUCAGAGACUAGCCUCGGAUUUUCUAUCCAGUUAUAUCUUUUUGGCUGUGGGAAGGGUCGGCUCUAGCACAGAUUUGAUCGUCCAAAGAGUUGAAUAUGUUCAAGAGACUGACAAGAGAAGUCACUUGAUGGAUCUUCUUCAUGCACAGAGGGAAAAUGGUGUUCAUGGCAAGCAAGCUCUUACCCUUGUAUUUGUGGAGACUAAGAAGGGAGCCGAUUCACUGGAGCAUUGGCUUUGUAUGAAUGGUUUCCCCGCUACUGCUAUUCAUGGCGAUAGAACUCAGCAGGAAAGAGAAUAUGCCUUGAGAUCCUUCAAAACUGGUCACACACCAAUUAUGGUUGCAACAGAUGUGGCAGCACGUGGUCUCGAUAUCCCCCACGUUGCACAUGUUGUCAACUUUGACCUGCCAAAUGACAUUGAUGACUAUGUGCACCGUAUUGGAAGAACAGGUCGAGCAGGAAAAUCGGGUUUAGCUACUGCCUUCUUCAAUGAGAACAAUUCUUCAUUGGCGAGAUCACUAUCUGACUUGAUGACAGAAGCAAACCAAGAAGUACCUGCCUGGCUCUCUCGCUUUGCUGCUCGAUCUAACUAUGGAGGCAAAAAUCGUCGUGGUGGAGGUCGUUUUGGUGGUCGUGAUUUUCGAAGAGAUUCUUCUUACAAUCGAGGUGCUGCAGACUAUUAUGGUGGUGCCAAUAUGAGCAGUGGCUAUGCAUCUGGCGGGUAUUCAUCACAUGGAGCAGCAGGUGUGACUAGUGCAUGGGACUAACCGGACUCAUUUUGCCCCGUUAGCAAAUUCAGAUUUAGUUCUAAGUUUACACUAGCAAACUACUCACUUUAGAGCUUACUCUUGUUUUGCUCACAGCUCACUUUGUUACUUCUCUUCCUGUACUCGAGUUUUCACUUCUGUGGUGUAACGGCUCUAGUGGAUGUGUAAAUCUUGGCAGGCGGUGGCGAAUAAUUACUAACCGAUUAGGAAUUUUUUGCCUCAUUUAACUUCUCCCUUUUGUUUUUCACUUUGCUUUAACAUUCUGUAGCUGAUGGAUGGUUGAAAAAAAGUAGGUCAUGGUAGGGGGAGUUUAUGUUUCUGCCAGAAAUUUGGUUUAUGCUUCUCUUUGGAGUAUUCUUUAAUCAACCCAAUUUUGUUGGUUGUAGAUAUCUUCUGCAGAGCCCUUUCAGUCAAAGUUUGGAACUGAAGUUAUGUUCAACUUUAAACAAUAUUGUAAUAUCCUAAAGUCAGUACCAGAUUUACUAUUGUAUAGACCUUAGAGUAAGUUCUUGGAAAAGUUUUUGCUGUUUAAUACUUUCAUUUCUCUUUCAUGAUUGGUAAUGGUUUUGUUGGUUGUGGUUUGA